AUGGCGGGACGCGGCGGCCGGAGGGACGCGGAAGCCGCAGUGAGGAUCGGCACCGGCAACGUGUUCGCCGCGCUCGAGGCGCUCAAGAGGAAGAAGAAGAAGCCGCCGCCCUCCUCAUCCUCCUCGGCCGAGGCGGCGCCGUCCGCCCCGGGGCGCAAGGGGAAGGGAUCAACCAAGAACUCCGCCGCGCCGCCCCCGCCGCCGCCGGAGGUCUUCUGGGCGCCCGCGCCGCUCAAGUCCAAGUCUUGGGCCGACGUGGAGGACGAUGACGACGACGACUACUUCGCCACCACCGCCCCGCCGCCUCCCGUCUGGGGAACCGCCGCCGCCGCCGCGGAGGGCAAGCCCGUCGCCGAGGAGGAAACUGAGAGCGAAGAUGAUGGCCUUGAUGUUGACAUGGGUGAUGAUGAACCAGAGGAACCUGAGCAUGGACAUGAAGUGGAUCUACCAUCUGAACCUGAGGUUAAAAAAUCUGCUCCGGUGCCUGUCCAGUCCAAAGACACAGAGAAGCAACUUUCAAAGAAGGAAUUAAAGAAGAAAGAACUUGCAGAGCUAGAUGCUGUUCUGGCCGAGUUGGGGAUUUCUGAUAAUGCUACAAAGGCUGAUGUCACUAGUAAAUCUGAAAGAAAGACUGCUGAACAGAAUGGAGAUGAGAAUAAGAAUCCUCCUGUAGCUUCAGAAACCAAGACUUCAAAAAAGAAGAAAUCAAGGAAGGAGAAACCAUCGAAGGAUUCCAAAGAGCAGCCCAGUGAAGUGGAUUCCAGCAAGGACCAUGGAGUGGCAGCUGAUGCAAAGUCUGAAGAGGAAGCUACUGCUGUGGAUUUGAAGGAGAAGAUGAAGAAGAUAGCCGCGUCGAAAAAGAAGAAAUUGAGUAAAGAGGUGGAUGCCGCUGCCAGGCAUGCUGCCAUGGAGAUCGCUGCUAGGAAUGCCAAGCUCGCCGCUGCAAAGAAGAAAGAGAAGAACCACUACAACCAGCAACCUCUUCGGUAGACCGCUUUCAUCGUGAGCUUCAGAAUAAGCAGCACUCUUCUUGGAUCUAAUUGCAUCACGUGAUGCUUCAUGACUUCCCAGUGCUGUUUUAUCUGCUUGCUUUAGAUUAUCUAAGAUGAAUAUAUGGAGUUAUGGACCAUGCCAGAUUGCCAGGUGACAUUUUUUUGGAGCUCCCAUUUUCACUUUUGUGAAUUUCCACCUUGAAUAUGGAAUUUAUCAUCACCAGAGAGUUGUCGUACAGUUAUAUUAUCACCAUGCAAAGUUGAUACUCAGUAAGUUAAGAUUGUGCUGUCAGAGUCAUUGACUUGAU